UAAGCAUAGUUUGCUCUCUGUCUCAACUCUUGACUCUCUUGAGCAGAAAUCCAUGGCUGAGUUUCUUACUUUUGGUGCUCAAGAAUUGCUGAUGAAAGUGGCUUCACUUGCCGCUCAAGAGUUUACUCUUGUAUGGGGAUUUAAAGAAGAACUAACAAAGCUGCGGGGGUCGCUAAACAUGCUUGAAGCUGUGCUACGAGGUGCCGAACAUCCACGACAAGAUCAGGGCCAUGCUGUGAAGCUCUGGCUAGAAAAGCUUGAAGACAUAGCUAAUCUCGCCGAUGAUGUGUUAGAUGACUACGGCUAUGAGCUUCUUCGACGUAAGGUGGAACUGCGAAACCAGAUGAAGAAAAAGGUGCUCAACUUCUUUUCUCUCUCCAAUCCUAUUGUGUUUCGUGUUAAAAUGGCACAUAAAAUUAAGAAAAUCAACACAUCUAUGGAUGAUCUGAAAAAAGAUGCAAGUACCAUUGGGUUAGUUGCUAGGCCUCCCUUAGGGGUAACAAGCUCCCAUGUCGAUAGGGAGACCUACUCUGACUUCAAAACAGAUGAAAACAAUAUCAUUGGAAGGAAGGCUGUUGUGGAAGACGUAGUGAAAGCCUUGACCAACUCAAACAACAAUCAGGAAAAUAAUCUAUCAGUUCUGGCCAUUGUGGGAAUGGGAGGACUUGGGAAGACUACUUUGGCCAAAUCCGUAUAUCAUGAUGCUAAGAUAGAGCAAUAUUUCCAAGAAAAGAUGUUGGUUUGUGUGUCUACUACUUUUGAAGUCAACUUGAUUUUGAGGGGGAUCUUGGAGUCUCUUAAACCUGAACACGCUGCAGUACAAGCUAUAGAUGCAAUAUGUAGAAUUCUCAAAAAAGAAUUGAAAGAGAAAAGGUAUCUUCUUGUGCUUGAUGAUGUUUGGAACGAAGAUACACAAAAGUGGGACGAAUUGAUCAGUUGUUUGGUAAACGUCAAUGAUACCCAAGGAAGCAGCAUUCUUGUCACUACCCGUAGUGACACAGUUGCAAAAAUGGUGGAGACCCUUCCAAGGUGUGAUUUAGAUAAACUAUCGGAUGAUGAGUGUUGGCUAAUAUCCGAAGGAUAGAGCAAUUCCAGUUGGGAGUCCUCCUAUAGUCGAAGAUCAAGAGAAAAUUGGAAGGGAGAUUGCUAAAAAGUGUGGAGGUGUACCAUUAGUAGCAAAGGUGUUGGGAAAUAUGAUGCGUUCCAAAAAGCUUGAAGGAUGGCAAUCAAUUGUGGAAAAUGUUAUAUGGGAUUUAUCUGAGGGAGAAGAUAGAAUAUUAGCAGUUUUGAAAUUGAGUUUUGAUGAACUGGGAUCUCCACCGUUGAAACAAUGUUUUGCGUACUGCUCAAUGUUUAUCAAAGACUUUGAAUUUGAAAAGGAU